AAUACCUAAACAACGAGUACAUACACAUACACGACACUACACGAAACAUGAACCAUACAUGGAUACUUUAAAGGUCGACAUGUCGAAAACUAAGAAGAUAGCGAAGAAAUCGGAUGUGCAGCAACGUCUGGUUGGGGCCAAGGUCGGUCCUAGUUGCAGGGAUUACGGGUCCGGUCGACCGGAAGCGGGAGAUGCCAGUCGGUCGACGGUUUCGUUGCGCUUUCACGAACUUUCGUUGCGGCACUCGGACGUGCAACUGUUGCAAGGUCCGCAUGCGUUAAACGAACGCCUUUUGAGUUUCUACUACACGUACCUGCAGAGUCGACGCUACAAGAUGAAACCGGAACUGCACUUCCUGUCGCCGGCGUCAAGUCAAAGCCUGCGGCAUCUGGAACUGCGGGAACGUCGUCGUCUUGUCCGAGAUUUGCAGCUGGCGAGCAAACAGUUUGUCUUUGUGCCACUGUCCGAGGAAUCGCAUUGGUCGCUGUUGCUUGUGGCACGUCCGGAUCGCAGGUUCUAUUAUUUCGACUCGGAGGAUAAUCGACAUUUGAUUGUGGCGCAAUUGCUGUAUGAGACUCUACGUGGUGUCCUUGCCGCCGACGAAUAUCACUUUACAGUGGGUCGCUGCCUGCAACUGGCCAAGGGUCAAGGUCACGAGUCUGGUGUCCAUCUCAUGUGCAUGACCGACACCCUUGCCGAUUAUGUGUCCCGCUGUGGUUAUGCCACCAGCACGCUCCUCAUCUCCAUCCAGGAGGUGCGUGGCAUGCGUGCAUCGCAAUUGCAACUCAUUCGCACUCUCGGCGGCAUCUUUCCUCCCUCGUCUGGCGUCGUCAAGUCGCUUUCUCCGUGAGUUCCCUUCCCACCCCAACCCUUUACAGUUAAACACCCUUCCAAUACAUUCUGUACAUUCAUUCGCAUCAACAUCAACAAUGGCAAUAAAUGGAGCAGCCGAAGGAAUGCUGAUUCAACUCGACACUCAAGCGGUUAAUCAGGCAUCCUUUUCUGCUACAUUUACAGUUUCUAA